AUGAAUACAACAGAUAAAUUAGAUGAUCGAAUUAUGCACAGAUCAAUAUCAAACGAAACAUCAUUUUAUUUAUGGUGGAUACUAAUUGGAAUCUUUUCUUCAUUUCUAAUUACUGAAUUAAUAUCUCCAGCUUUAUCAAGAAUCUAUUGUAAAUCUUAUGAAAGUAUUUCACGUAAACAAUAUCUAGAAUGGAACGCAAGAUGGCUAUCAACAGUGCAUUCCAUCUUCAUUUUACUGAUCAGUUUCUACUGUUUACUAUUUAACAAGAAAAUGCAUGAAGAUAAAUUCUUUUACUCAGACUUCUUAAGCAACGUUGGAAUGUGCAUAUCAUGCGGUUAUAUGAUUUAUGAUUCACUGACAAUGAUCAUGUACUUAAAAGGUGCUUCAUUAUGGACUUACAUAAUCCAUCAUUCGAUUGUUAUCUGGGGAAGUUCAGCAUUUUUAUCCAAUGAAAUUGGAAAAUACUAUGCAUAUUUGAAGUAUCUGACAGAACUUUCUACUCCCUUCAUUAAUCUCAGGUGGUUUCUGCGUACAUGUGGAUAUUCUUCACAUCACAAAUACGUUGCCAUAGCAACCUCUUUAUUUGCCGUCACAUUUAUUCUAACAAGAAAUAUUUGUGCUGUUCCAUUUUGGUAUUUGGUAUCCUACAAUAUACAUCAUCAUACCAGUGAAGCACAACGGAUAUUUCUUAUUGAUGCCUUCAAAAUUUAUUUUAUUUUGGGUAUCAUACUUGACAUACUGAAUCUAUUCUGGGGUGCAAUUAUAUGUUCAAUGUUAUGGCAAUCAAUCAAAGUUUUGAAAAAUUCACAGUGUGUAGAAUCAGAAUGACUGUUACGUUAAAUGAUUUGAAUUCCAUGGCUGCUGUUCUUAUCACUAAUAAAUGACCUUAGUUUUUACUAUAAUUCAAAAACAGAAAUAUUCAAACAAGCUUGAAGACUUUUAUUUCUACAGUAUUCCAUAUUUUAUAUAUUUAUGAUUAUAAUUUUUAAUUAAA